AUGGAAAUUGACGGGGUGAAUGACAAAAUUACCGACUCGUUUGCCCCGGCAUUCCCGAACAUUGCUAUGGAAGACACUGUUAGUGUCAUUAAAGACUUGAGCGCCGACUGCUUUCCAGAGUUAGAUGGUAGGCAUCCUUCUGACAAUGUUAACGAAUUGGUGCUCAAGAGGAAGCUUGAUGUGCUGGAACUGCAUGGCGAUGGGGUUAAAAUCAUUACCAAUUCAUCUCAGACCACAAAGAAAAGAACUCGGGUUGCAAAAGAUGCAGCAGAAGUUUGGAAGAAUGUGCAGUCGAAUAAGAACCGGAAGAACAAUUUAAACGGCAAUGAAGAGAGCAACAUCGGUUCGGACGGACAGAGUUCUAGCACCUCUACUUCAGAUGAUGACAAUGUUUCUCAGGAUAAUACUAAUGGGGGCUUAUUGACAACCUCAGAUUCCAAAGCAGCUCAGAAAAGAAGAGAGAGGGUCAAUGAGAGAUUGAGAGUUUUACAGAACCUUGUCCCAAACGGCACACAGGUUGACAUCAGCACUAUGCUUGAAGAAGCUGUUCAUUAUGUGAAGUUCAUGCAGCUACAAAUCAAGCUUUUAAGCUCUGAUGAACUGUGGAUGUAUGCUCCCAUGGCGUCGAUAUCGGUCUCAACAAGAAAAUCUGCACUCUUUUAUGAUCCUCGAAGAAGCCACCCUACAGAGUUGUUCUAA